UUGUACGGCGCCUAGCCUUUGCGUGGGUGCAUGAUAUGGAUGACAGACAUGAAGAGAGAGAUGGGGCAUUGCGUGCAAUGUCACAAGAGAAGACACAAACCAGGGAGAGAGAGAAGAAGAAGCGGAAACGCAGCAGAAGCAGAUCCUCUUCUGUUUCAUCUACUACAUCAUCUAGCUCUUCAACGUCUUCCUCUUCUAGUUCUUCAGGAUCCUCUGCUUCACAUAGCAGGAGCAGGUCAAGUAGUAGAGAUUCACCCAAAUCAAAAUCAAAGAAAAGAAAAAAGGAGAAGCACAGCAAAAAGAAGAGGAAAAAAGAUAAGCUGAAGAAAAAGAAAGAAAAAAAGAAAAAGAAAGACAAAUCAGGACCUGUUCAGCUUUCUAAGCGUGAUCGAAACCGUGCUGAACUUCUUGACUUCUUGAACUCCGCUUUGUAGUGAAAAUGAUACUAAGCAAGGACCAGUAUCGUCUGCCCACUCAAUUGAUCAUCCUGCUCUAUAAGCUGAGAAUGAAGGGGAGAGCGAAAGAACACUUAAAGUGUGAAGAGCUAAAACAGUCCUCUUGUGAAGAUAGAGCACCUUCUUUACAGGCAAAUUGAAGAACUGACAACAACUUGCCGACAGAGAGCCACGUUGCUCAUUCUGUGACCUUAACAGUGCUAGACUGAAUGUUUCAAAAUGCACUAAAGCAUUUUAAAACUCAAGACUAAAUUUUGGCCUAUUGCCUACUGCAUGCAAAAUAGAAGUUUACCAUCAAUUGUCCUUUGUCAUCUACCUUAUUAAAGAAAAAUAGUUGCAAAUAAGUUCUUUAAAAAGAAGCAUACCUGCAUAUAUAGAUAUUUUUAGUAUUACAGGUAUUUGUUUGUAAAUAGCAAAGUAUCUCUAAGUAGUGUGUAUUCUAGGAAAAUGAAUACAGUAGAUUUUAUAAAACAUUGUUUCUUUGGUGUAAUGUAUUUUCUUUCAAAGUUGGUAACAUCUUAAUGGCAGUUUAUGAAAUGACUGCCAGGCUUUAAUUAAAAUCCUCUGGCAGUUGUGCAACGAUUCUGAAAAUAGUUCACCUUCCGGUUUAGUUUAUCCCUUUGCAUUGCUAUUUGCAUUUUGUAUGAUCGUAAUUAAUCUGUAUUCUGAUCUUUCCUAUGUAGGAGUGUAUAGCUAGAUACACACUUUGAGAAACCCAGUGGGUUACCAAUGUCUGCAGAGUUCAUCACUAUGUCAGUUAGACAUCACUGAAAGAGUGGUCGUAAAAUAUGACUUCACAAUGUAUAGGCCUUUAUUUUAAAAGAAAAGCCAAAUAAAAUAUCUUCCUCUGAAUUUGA